UUGUCAUUGAACUUUGAUCUGGUCGAUUACGUCACUGUUGAAGGGUUUUUUUACAGUUGUGUUUUCUUUUAGUGCUGAUCGCCAGGCCUGAUCUGUCGGUAAGAUUUACAUUGUUCUGAAAUCCUGCUUGUUUCCACAGUGAACAGCAGAUGGCGCUGUUAAAGCAUCAGUUCUGUGUUGCGCUGCUCCUAAUGGAGUUUGUGCUGCUACUAGCUGCAGCUGAAAGUAGUUGUCCAGCUUUGUCUGGGUUGCCGGGCACACCUGGACACAACGGCAGCCCUGGCAGAGAUGGAAGAGACGGGUUUCCUGGGCCAAAAGGGGAAAAAGGAGAUCCAGGAGUUGGUGCACAGGGACCCCCAGGAAAAAUAGGACCACCUGGCAUUGCUGGUCCUAAAGGAGACAAAGGAAAUCCAGGAACACCUGGCACUGCUGUUCCAAACACAUUACCACCACAACUUCAAUCAGAUGUCAAAUACCUAACAGACAGACUCACUUCAGUUGAGAAAGUCCUAGGAUUUCGCGUGUUCAAGAAAGUGGGACAGAAAUAUUACGUGUCUGAUGGGCUGGUGGGAAAUUUUGACGAGGCACAGAAAUACUGCUCUGACGCUGGGGCUAAAAUUGUCCUGCCAAGAAGUGAAGUUGAGAAUAAAGUGCUAAUUUCAAUGCAAGUUGCCCUUAAGUCUACUUCUAUAUAUAUUGGUGCAACAGACAAAAAGAAAGAAGGCCAUUUUGUGGAUAUGAAGGACCAACCUUUAACUUUUACCAAAUGGAAAGACAAAGAGCCAAACGAUCAUAAUGGACUAGAGGACUGUAUAGUUAUGUACAAAAGUGGUGUGUGGAAUGACAUUAACUGUAAUUCAGAAUGGCAUGUGGUGUGUGAACUGUGAAACAGAAUAUGUAUUGUUACUGUUCUGAUGUUUGAAUAAGGAAGAAAUAAAAAAAUCUUACAAAAACGA